GCAGGUUGAGCUUACGUCGUCAGACCGCGGUUGUCGUUGCUGUGCGCCUCUCUGUGAACGGCUGGCAGGGGGGAAAAAGCACACCAGGAUCGUCGUCGCCUUUCCAGGGCCUCGCCAUGAUUUAACCACGGAAAGGUGGGACAGGGGAGCGAGAAGAGAACGAGAGGAACGGCAGCUGGAGAUGAGCGGCCGGGCCGUGAUUUCGGCGGUAGGUAUCUCCCCGUCCAGGCCUGGACUGAGCAGAUUGUUCUGAAAGGAAGUGGAUAACAAACAGGGGAAGUCAACAUGGCUGGGACCUCGGGCUUCUUUUCCAAUGGACCUGUUCUUUGGAUGGACAACGACACGGAGAUGAACAACCUCUACCGAGAUCUGGAGCUGGGCACGGUGUUGACACUUUUUUACUCAAAGAAGUCCCAGCGGCCAGAGAGAAGGACAUUUCAUGUCAAGCUGGAGACCAGGACAAUUAUCUGGACUCGUGGCACAGACAAAAUAGAAGGAGAGAUUGACAUUCGAGAGAUCAAGGAGAUCCGUCCUGGACAGAAGUCACGAGACUUUGAGCGCUAUGUGGAGGACUCUGUGGUGCGGCUUGAUCUGUCUCACUGCUUUGUGAUUCUCUACGGCACAGAGUUUCGCCUUAAAGCCCUCAGCCUGGCAGCAACAUCUGAUGAGGAGAUGACCAUGUGGGUGAAAGGGUUAAACUGGCUUGUGGCCGACACACUGAAGUCUCCAACACCACUCCAGAUAGAGAGGUGGUUACGCAAGCAGUUUUACUCUGUUGAUCGCAACAGAGAAGACAGGAUAUCCUGUAAGGAUCUGAAGAACAUGCUGAGCCAGGUCAACUACAGGGUGCCCAACAUGAAGUUCCUACGUGAGAAACUUCCGGACUCAGAGUUGAGGAACGGAGACGUGUCCUACAGCCAGUUUGCUCAGCUCUAUCGCAGUCUGAUGUUUGAUGCGCAGAAGAAUCUGGAGAUCCCAUUCCUGCAAAGGUUCAUUGACCGAGCAGAACAGAGGAUUUCUCUAGAGGACUUCAAGGGUUUUCUUGUAGAGUCUCAGAAGGAAAUUUGGGCCACAGACAAUAGCAAGGUUCAGGAGUUUAUGUUCAGCUACCUGAAAGACCCGCUGAGAGAGGUGGAGGUGCCUUAUUUCCACCAAGAUGAGUUCCUGACGUACCUUUUCUCCAAGGAGAAUACAGUCUGGGAUUCUUCCCUGGACCAGGUGUGUCCCGAGGAUAUGAACAACCCCUUGUCCCUCUACUGGAUCUCUUCUUCGCACAACACAUACCUGACGGGAGACCAGUUUUCCAGCGAAUCCUCCCUUGAGGCAUACGCUCGCUGUCUGAGGAUGGGCUGCCGCUGUAUCGAAUUGGAUUGCUGGGAUGGCCCCGAUGGAAUGCCAGUCAUCUACCAUGGCCACACCCUCACAACAAAGAUCAAAUUCUGUGACGUGCUGACGACUAUCAAAGAGCAUGCCUUCGUCACAUCUGAAUAUCCCAUCAUCCUCUCCAUUGAGGACCACUGUAGCAUUGUGCAGCAGAGGAACAUGGCCACUUACUUUAAGAAGGUGUUUGGGGACAUGCUGCUGACCAAGGCGGUGGACAUCUCAGCAGAUGGCCUACCCUCACCCAAUCAGCUCAAGCGAAAAAUCCUUAUCAAGCAUAAGAAGCUGGCAGAAGGUAGUGCCUACGAAGAGGUGUCCACCUCCACUCCCUACUCGGAGAACGACAUCAGCAACUCUAUCAAAAAUGGCCUCCUGUAUCUGGAGGACCCCAUCAACCAUGAGUGGUACCCUCAUUUCUUUGUCCUGACCAGCAGUAAGAUCUAUUAUUCAGAAGAGACCUCCAGUAACCAGGGCAACGACGAUGAAGAGGAGCACCGAGAGUUGUCCAACGGUAUGGACCAGCAUGUAACAGAGAAAUGGUUCCACGGGAAGCUCGGGGCAGGGCGAGACGGGCGGCAGAUUGCAGAGCGGCUGCUGUCUGAGUACUGCCUGGAGACUGGAGCACCAGAUGGCUCCUUCCUGGUCAGAGAAAGUGAAACCUUUGUGGGCGACUACACACUGUCCUUCUGGCGUUCAGGGCGAGUGCAGCACUGUCGCAUUCAUUCUCGUCAAGAAGCAGGCAGCCCCAAGUUUUACCUGACUGACAACCUGGUGUUCGACACACUCUUCGCGCUUAUCACCCAUUACCAGCAGGUGGCGCUGCGCUGCAAUGAAUUUGAAAUGAAGCUGACUGAGCCGGUGCCUCAGACCAAUGCGCAUGAGAGCAAAGAGUGGUACCAUGCUAACCUCUCCAGGAGCCAAGCAGAGAACAUGCUAAUGAGGGUCCCACGUGAUGGGGCCUUCCUCGUCAGGAAGAGGGAACAGCCCAACUCCUUUGCUAUUUCCUUUAGGGCUGAGGGCAAGAUUAAACACUGUCGCGUGCAGCAGGAAGGUCAGACGGUGGUGCUGGGCACCUCCGAGUUUGACAGCUUAGUUGAUCUCAUCAGCUAUUAUGAGAAGCACCCUCUGUACCGCAAAAUGAAGCUGCGGUAUCCGAUCAAUGAGGACACACUGGACAAGAUCGGCACUACUGAGCCGGACUACGGGUCGCUGUAUGAGGGCAGGAAUCCAGGCUUCUAUGUAGAGGUCAAUCAGAUGCCGACUUUUAAAAGUAUGGUGAGAGCCAUGUACGAGUAUAAGGCUCAGAGGGACGACGAGCUAUCCUUCACCAAGAAUGCUAUUAUCUCCAACGUGGACAAACAGGAGGGAGGCUGGUGGAAGGGUGAUUGUGGAGGGAAGAAGCAGCUGUGGUUUCCUGCUAACUACGUGGAAGAGAUCAGCCCAUCGGCGGUGGAGCCUGACAGAACUGAGAUGACAGAAAACAGCCCUCUGGGAGAUUUGCUGAGAGGAAGUGUGGAUGUUUCUUCCUGUCAAGCUGUUGAGCGGCCUGCUGGGAAGGGCAGCAGACCAUAUGUCUUUUCCCUUGUGCCGACUAACUCCCCACGGGUGGGCCAGGUGCUGGACAUCGCUGCCAACACCCACGAGGAGCUGAACGACUGGGUGCGCAAGAUCCGCAAGGUCACUGAGACCUCAGAAGCCAAACUGGAAGAGGGGAAGGAAAUGGAGAGGAAGAAAAAAAUCGCACUGGAAUUAUCCGAUCUGGUCAUCUACUGUCGACCUGUUCCUUUUGAUGAAGACAAGAUUGGCACAGAGCGGGCGUGUUUCCGGGACAUGUCAUCCUUCCCUGAGACCAAGGCAGAGAAGUACGUCAACAAGAUUAAAGGGAAGAAGUUCCUGCAGUACAAUCGACUCCAGCUAUCUAGAAUCUACCCCAGAGGACAAAGACUAGACUCCUCCAACUAUGACCCUCUCCCCAUGUGGCUCUGUGGGUCUCAGCUGGUAGCACUCAACUUCCAGACAGCAGACAAACCCAUGCAGAUGAACCAGGCCCUGUUCAUGCUGAACGGAAGAAGCGGCUACGUCCUUCAACCACCCAUCAUGAGGGAUGACAACUUUGACCCGUUUGACAGACAUACACUGCGAGGCCUCGAACAAGUCAGACUGCAGAUAGAGGUUUUGGGUUCACGCCACCUGCCAAAACAUGGACGUGGAAUCGUUUGUCCGCUGAUUGAGAUUGAGGUGUGUGGGGCAGAAUAUGACAACGCCAAGCAAAAAACUGACUCCGAAGCUGAUAACGGCCUGAACCCCACGUGGCCACGAAAGCCAUUUGAGUUCAUCGUGUGCAACUCCGCCUUUGCCUUCUUACGUUUUGUGGUUUACGAGAUCGACAUGUUCAAUGACCAAAACUUCCUGGCUCAGGCCUCAUUCCCCAUCCAUAGUCUCAAGACAGGUUACCGGUCGGUGCCUCUGAAAAACAGCUACAACGAGGAUCUGGAGUUGGCUUCAUUGUUGGUGCACAUGGACAUAAUCAGGGGCAGGGAGGAAAGCAGAGAGGAUCUGAGCCCACUGCUGACAAUGGGGCCCUCUCCUGUCUUAGCAUCUUCUCAAUCUGGGCGUGAGCGUUUGGCUGAUUUGGGCUCAGUGUCCUCCUCGUCUUCUGCCACGUCUCCUCUGACCCAGUCGUCGGCACAGGCUAUGUCCUACAGAGGGAGGGAGGGUUCCUUUGAAGCCCGUUACCAGUCACCUGUGGAUGACUUCAGGGUGCCACAAGAGGUGCUGCUGGACCACAUGGACCAACAGAACAGGAGGAUGAUGCGGCGGACCAAAGUGGGCGGAGAAAACCGUGUGUAAGUCCAAGCCAAUCAGGAUGCAUUUCUGUUGCACCCCACCACCUCUCACCCAGUCGCCUCCCCCCGUACUGAUGAUGUCACUGACUGCUGUGAAUACUGUUUCCAUGGAAAUGCCCGCCACCGCUUUGGCCUACAUUUCAGGCAGCUCUCCCUCCCUCUGUUCUCCAUCUGCCCGGCUGCCACCACCCAGCCUCCUUAGCGUACGCCUGAACUGAAGGAGGAGGGCCCCGGACACAGGAGGUGCGGCAGGCAGAAGAAAUGGACCGGCGAGCGAAAAGGCUAAAACGUUCCCUCUCGCGUAAAAGUUUGUGGAAUGCAUCGCCUUCUCGUUUGUUGUAGGUGAACACAAACGCUCAGCAGUUUGAAGGCAUGGAGGAGAGAAACAGCAGCACCACAGGUAUCUGUGUGGAACUGCCUCCAGUUCAGGCUCCUCUCCAUUUGGCUUUUAUGAAUAUACGUAUUUAUUGCUGCUCUGUUGUUGGCCAGAAAACAGCAGCAGCCGACCUGCUCUCAAAGAGUUUCAGACUCCAUGUUUAAUUAUUAUAAUUAUUUAAACAUUCAUAUUGUGACCUUUUUUUAUGUAUUUGUGUAAAACACGAGGGCUGUGUGGCUGCUUUUGAUGUCUCCUCUCUGCUUUGUGGAGGAAACGAUGUGCCUCCUCUCUCACACCUUAACGCCAUACUGACACAUGAAUUCUUUUGGUUUUCCUGAAUGCUGAAAGAUGUCAUAGCCCAUUUGCAGACAGUAUCCUGUCCCCUCUGCAAAUUUGAUAAUUUCCGAUUUACAUUCCGAAAACUAGACAUCAUUCCAUUUUUGUGCACGUCUCACACCUUUAACAGCCAGUCUGACUGAUGGAUGCAGGGUUUCAGACACCGCAUGGUGCACUAAAUUAGGAGAGCUGUGGAUCCCAAUGAGUUUCUUAUUAUUCCGUUCUAAAUUGUCAGAUUUUUUUUUCCUCUUUGUAUAAUCUACCAGUUUACGACAAUGUUAUAAUCUGCAAUCUGUUCACACCAGUUGGUAAGAGUUGCACUUCGAUGUACACGUCUUCAUGGAAAGGGACUUGGAAACAUUAUAAAUGUUUCAGAUUUGUCAGAAUAUCCAAAUAUUAAUAAUUUUAGUUUUGGUUAUUUGUUUAGUUUUGUACUCCUGCAUUUAUGAUGUUUACGAAAUUCCACCCCGUCAAGUGUUUUAAUUUGUUAAUAACUGUUCUUAGAAUUAUAUGACAGCAGUAGCGGACUUUUGGAAGCAGUUUUGAGGUUUGCAGCAAACCUGUAGACACUUAAGAAAUUUGUUAUUGUUGACCAACAGUCGCCAUCUGUGAAGCAUUGUGUUGACAUCAUUAAAGAAAAACGUUAGCCUUGCAGGUUAUGUUUUACCAAAAGGUAGGAGGGACUAGGGAUGGGAAUUGAAAACCAGUUCCAGUUGAGAACUGGAUUCAAAUUUUUCAGUCCAUGGGGAUCAUGUGCUUCAGGUCUCAUCCAUGUUUUUCUGACAGUUUAGUGUUCCAAGAAAGCAUCCAUUCACGCAGAAUACUUGUAGAUUUUCUCCCCCCUCACCACACACACACACACAAAAAACUGAUCAGGAUUCAGUAGGGGAAAUUGAUCAGGAAUUGGACUGGAUCAGAAUGGAUAAUGAUAUAUCAUUUUGAAAAUUCAUGAAUUUCCGUCCCUGCGAGGGACAGUUGGUGUUCACACUGUUACUCUCAUAAGUUCUGGAGUUGCUUUUCCACAUGAAGUCAAUACUUUCCUGUUUUUGUGAUGAAAUGCUGAAAUCUGCUAUUCGGCUUUUCACUGGGAACGCCGGCUUCCUUCAGCAUUUAUGGUAUUUUAUGAGGACCAAACUGAAGCUCCACGUUAAUCCUCCAGCUGGCAGACGGAAAGAAAAAUUUAGGUGCAGAUUCACGAAAAUGUGCACGUGUGACUUUGUCCUCUGCAUCAUAAAGUGUUUUUUUGAUCCUAGUUUAAUGAUGUGUUUUAAAACUCAGUAUUCCUGCUCAGUGUCACUGAGACACAAUUAAGCCAUAAAGUGUAUUUAAGGUAACUGGGGGGAGAAGCUGAAAGACUCCCUGUAUGUUCUCUGCAACCCAGAUAUUAUCCUAAAGCACACGUUAUUCCCUCAAGCAGCC